UUUUAAAGAAUCUGAAUCUUACUGCAAUUUUUUGUUUUAUCUUUUUGGCAUGGAUUGCUCCAAUUUUGGGGGUUUUUGGUUUUGUUAAAUUAAUAAAAUAAAAUAAAAUGGAUGGGUGUUUUGAGUUCUGAGAUGGAAUGGGUUUGAUUUAGGUUUGUUUCUUUUAGCAUUCCCUGUAGGUUGCAAAAUGAUCUGGUAGUAUACAGUUACUAUUGGGGUUUUAUUUUUCUUGCAUUUUCUUCAUGCAAUUGAUACAUGUGGUUUUAUUUUUUUCCUUUUCUUAUAACUAAUUGUUUUGGAAGCUUAGAUUGUGGUAUUUGCUCUGAACAUGUAAGAACUUCUAACCUUGGACAACUGAUAGUUUGAAACUUAAUUAUAAUAAAAGGGCAAAUCUCUCUUUACAUGUAUGCUAACUGUCCAUAUUAAUCUUGAUUGCUUAAGUGAUCAUAAGUUUCAUUGGUCUUCUGAUGUUCAAUUAUUCAAUAUUUCUGUAUUAUCAUGAUUCAUUCGCAUGUUCUUCCAAUCUUCAUGGACAAGUUGGCAAGCAUGUGUUCAAUGAUGGGUUUUAUUCAGGUGCUUGUAUUGAGUUAUUUCAGUUCAAUUGGUUAGCAGGUUGUACUGAGGCGUAUUUGGAUCUUCUUCGAAACAAAAAACCAAAGCUUGAUUUGGAAGAGAUGGGGUACAUUGGGGCACAUGGUGUGGCUGCUUUGCAUAAAUACAAGUAUAGUGGUGUGGAUCACUCGUACACUGCAAAAUAUGUAUUGCAACCCUUUUGGAGUCGUUUCGUUAAAAUAUUUCCCCUUUGGAUGCCGCCCAAUAUGAUAACACUAACUGGAUUCAUGUUCUUGCUCACAUCUGCACUGCUUGGAUAUAUAUAUUCACCAAGAUUAGAUUCAGCUCCUCCUAGAUGGGUUAAUUUCGCUCAUGGAUUGCUACUUUUCUUAUAUCAGACCUUUGAUGCUGUUGAUGGGAAGCAAGCAAGACGGACAAAUUCCUCAAGUCCACUGGGGGAACUUUUUGACCACGGUUGUGAUGCCCUUGCAUGUGCGUUUGAAGGAUUGGCUUUUGGGAGUACUGCGAUGUGUGGAAGAACUACCUUCUGGUUUUGGGUGAUUUCAGCUGUUCCUUUUUAUUGUGCAACAUGGGAGCAUUACUUUACCAAUACCCUGAUCCUUCCUGCCGUUAAUGGGCCCACAGAAGGUCUAAUGCUGAUAUAUUUCGCCCAUUUUUUCACAGCUAUUGUUGGUUCUGAGUGGUGGGCUCAACCAUUUGGAAAUUCUCUGCCUUUUCUUAGUUGGGUCCCAUUUAUUCAUGAAAUUACAACAUACAAAGCUGUGUUGUUUCUAAUGGUAGCUUUUGCUGUUAUCCCAACGCUCACGUUCAAUGUGUGCAAUGUUUAUAAGGUUGUUCAGACAAAGAAAGGAAGCAUGCUAUUGGCACUGGCAAUGCUUUACCCUUUUGCUGUUCUUUUGGGAGGAGUUUUGGCAUGGGGUUACUUGUCACCAGCUGACAUUAUGGGGAACUAUCCACAUUUAGUCGUAGUGGGAACUGGACUUGCUUUUGGGUACCUUGUGGGAAGACUGAUUCUUGCGCACUUGUGUGAUGAGCCAAAGGGUUUGAAAACUGGAAUGUGCAUGUCACUGUUGUAUCUCCCAUUUGCCAUUGCAAAUGCACUCACGGCUAGAUUGAAUGAUGGAGUUCCAUUGGUUGACGAGAGCUUGGUUCUUCUUGGUUACUGUGCAUUUACAGCGACACUCUAUCUUCACUAUGCAACUUCAGUUGUUCAUGAAAUCACGACAGCCUUGGGAAUUUAUUGCUUUAGGAUAACUAGGAAGGAAGCUUGAAUUUUGCCGGUGUUUACUACUGGCCAUGCUGGCAAGUUAAGAAAGGUGCAGCUAGAUUUGAGGUUUUUCGUCAAUAUAAAUUUUGUAUAAGAUGAGUUGUGUGAGUGAUGAAGAUCCAAUUUAAUUCAUUAUUCUCACCGUUGUAUUAGAUUAUUUUUUUGUUCCCACUUUGAGAAAGGCAUGUUCCUCUUCACUUAA